CGGCUGGAUAGUUUUUUUUCCUUCAUUAUUCCCCUGCUCCCCAUUGCGUUACUGGUUGUGCACCUUGCGGCCUCCGCCUUGCCACGUACGAUCAUCCAGGAAUUGCACGGCCUGUUGAUGCGAGAGGUGGCGCAUGAGGUCGGGCAUCAUUUUGACGGGCUCGAUCAAGCAGCACGCGCGCUACAUCAGCGAAAGCUUCUGUCCCCUGGAUUGGUUAAGGAACUGGUUCGACUCGACAAUUCGUGCAAUGUUCCCCGCCACAUGUAGACAGUCAAAGCCACGGCCUUCUUCCACGCCAUCAUGAACGACAUCCGCAGCCGGUGUGAUUCGGCGCCGGACGGGUCAGAUCCAGUGCUGCCCUCGCAGGCGCAACUGCUUCCUCGCGUUCCUCCUUUCCCGAUCCUCCAGGAAACCGCGGCUGCGUACCCGGAAAGGGCAUGGCGCUUCUUUCGAUGAUUUAGACCAAAGCGACGACAGCGACUACGAGCGCAUUUUUUCCCUGAGUUGGAGCUGGCCAACCAGGACGCCGGCGUCGGGGAGAAGGACGUGGAUGACCAGGAGGUCGCCACCAUCACGACGAAGGUCGCCGACUUCGAUGAGGCCCUCGACGCAAUCCAGGCCAAGUUGGAAAGGCUCGAGGCCCAAAUGGACGGGUCCACAGACGUCGUGUGCGUCUCCGACGGCGAGGGCUUGGACGGCGGCUUCUUCUUCAACCACCAGGGUUGGCCCACCGCAGCGGAAGCGUACUCGGCGUCGUGCCCCGUUGGCCCGGGAGGGUUCCUUGCAUUGGCAGGUGUGGAGGCCGUCGAGGACACCGUCCCAGAGGCUGACGAGGUGAAUUCUAGUGAGACUGGCACCCCUGCUGCAAGUGUUCUUCCGGAGCCUGCUACCAAUGGCCUCCUUGGGUCUGCCCUUGCUGGGGAUGCUGCGCCGGCCGAGUCUAGCCUGCCGGAGAAGAAGCGCUAGCAGAAGAAGGCAAACAAUAAACAUGAGAAUGAGGACGUGGAGGAGGAGCCGGAGAUCGAGGCGAACGCUCCGCCGACUGAGCAGGAGAUAAGGGGUAUCAUUACGGACGUGAGCUCCAGGAUGAACGACCCGCUGUCCCAGGCCAGCGCAUGCGAGGCACAGGAUCGACGCCGCGAUCUCUGAGGCGAGGUUGCGCGACCCUUGCAGCAUGGUUCCCCGGCUUGCCGUGCCGGGCCACCGCGCGGGCCACCUCAUGUCGUGAAGGUCGCCCUGAAGGAAAUGGGUCCUAGGGGGUAGCGGGCCCUCAAGGUUUUGCAGUUUUUUCCCUACAUAGGCUCUGCCUAGAAGGGUUCUUACUCUCUUAGCUUAAAGGGCCGGGCAGCAAUGCAAAACAAAAGCAAAACCAAUGCGAAAGUGC